AAAUGCGUUUGUAAUUCAAGAUAUAGAAGAGUAUAAUAUCUAUACUAUAAACUUUGAGAGUGAAAGCAAGUUUGCAAGAGUAGAUGCGUUUAAUUGAGCAGUUGUGUUUGAUUUUGCAAAUUGGAACUGCCUACUUCGGCAUGUCGAUUUCGGGCAUCCAGGGGCAGCCUCUUGAGGUUACGGUGGUGUCGUGCUCCAAGCUGAAGGACACAGAAUGGAUUUCACGGCAAGAUCCGUUAUUUGGCAUUGAGUAUGGCAGCACCAAGUUCCGCACCAGAACCUGCACCGACGGCGGUAAGAACCCCGUCUUUCAGGAGAAGUUCGUUUUUCCCCUCAUCGAAGGCCUUCGGGAGAUCAACGUCCUUGUUGGAACAGCAACCUCUCACCGUUCGAACGAGUGCAUCUAGCGGAAGCGGAAGUCGUUUUCCCUCUUCUCCUCUCCUCGCUCUCCUCGCCUCUCCUCUCUCUCUCCCUCUUUCUUUUCUUCUGCAGGAGUCAGCUGCACACCGGUUUCCUCUCUCAAGGCUUCGACUGACUCUGCUUGGCCACUUCAGACCAAGCGGGCAGGUACACCACGCGCACCUCAUUCCACGCGUCUCUAUUUUCCAUCCCAACUUUGACAUUUUCCUUUCGCAGACCAUGCGUGCGAAGUCAACGCCUUCUGCACUAUGCAAUUGCCAAUCAAAAGGGAGGUCACACUACCGCUUCAUUGUUUUUCAAAUUAGGUCAUUAGUGUGUGUGGAACUGUAUGUUUAUAUGGGGUUAUUAUUGCCAUGCAGAAAUUCGCCUCGGCACUCUCCAUCUGCACCUCCCUAUAUGUCAACGGCAAACUCCUCGCUCCAUUCCCGUCUUAUUCUAAAUCCGUCUCCCCUGCAGCUCUACCCACCACCCUCCCCAGCUACGUCCUCCUACCACCAUCCACCAAAAGCCCCUGCGGCAAACUCCUUACCUGAACCACUGGAUCAUACCCACCGUGAAGAGGCAUCCACAGCGCAUACCGCACCGCCUCCCACACCCACAGCUUCCCCCCCCAGCCGCACAUUCAGCUCCCGAGCCACAGCAAG